UCUUGUUUGUCGAUGACUCCACAGUCCCCAGGGGUACCUGCUCCUAGAGACAAGAUCACCAGUAUGGGACAAGGUAAUGCAGCUCAUGCAACUGUGGCUGGAUGGGAAAACAAUGAAAUUAUGGGACUGACUACUACUGCAGGGGACAGGAGUGUUGCUAUGGGACAGGCUAACACUGCCCAGGCAGCUACUGCUCAAAGAGGGAACCACGUUAGCAUGGUGCAAGACCCUUCCAAAGGAGACUUCCGAGUGAGCAUGGCACAGGAUCAUUCCAAAGGAGAUGGCCGUGUUAGCGUGGUGGAACUUUCUUCUAAAGGAGACAACCGUGUUAGCAUGGCACAGGAUCAUUCCAAAGGAGACAGCCGUGUUGGCGUGGCACAGGAUCAUUUCAAAGGAGAUGACCGUGUUAGUGUGGUGGAACUUUCUUCUAAAGGAGACAACCGUGUUAGCAUGGCACAGGAUCAUUCCAAAGGAGACAGCCGUGUUGGCGUGGCACAGGAUCAUUUCAAAGGAGACGACCGUGUUAGUGUGGUGGAACUUUCUUCUAAAGGAGACAACCGUGUUAGCAUGGCACAGGAUCAUUCCAAAGGAGACAACCGUGUUGGUGUGGCACAGGAUCAUUUCAAAGGAGACAAAAGUGCUAGUGAAACAGGGGAUCCUUCAGAAAGAGAUAGCCGCAUUAGCAUGGAACUGGAAUCUGUAGAGCUAACACAAAGGAGUGAUGAUGAAGAUGACCAGAGACACAGCACACUGAGGAGUGAGGGUGGGAGUUCACAGGAUGGCGUGCCACCCACAAGGCAGAAGGGCAAGUUCUCAAUUGGCAAGAUCUUCAAACCAUGGAAGUGGAAGAAGAAGAAGAACAAUGAGAAGUUCAAAGAAACUCAAGAAGUUCUGGAGCGGCAGAUGUCAUUCCGGAAGUCCAGGCAAGAACUAAUUGAUAAGGGGCUGCUUAAAGAAAUCCCAGAGAAUGAGGGCAAGGAGGAAAGCAACUCCAAGACCAUCCAAGUAAAAAAUGGCCACACCUUACUUAGAGAAGGAAGCCAAGGGUCAGAGCGUGCAAGGCCUGCCUCUGAAAUGGACAUCAAGAUCAACCCCACUUGGCUGCCUCGGGGAGAGGAAAGAAGGGGACGCAUUGUAUCAGAGGGGGACAGGUGGCAGAGAGAACAUGAGGACAAAGAUCACAGGGAUAAGAAGGAGGAAAGACAAUUUAAAGAUUCUAGGGACAGGAGAGAAUUGAGAGAUCCAAGAGAGAAAGGGGAGGAAAGAGAGUCCAGAGACCCUCGAGAUAAAAGAGAAGAGAAAGAAUUGAGAGAGCCCAGGGAUAGAAGGGAGGACAGAGAAUCAAAGGGUCCAAGGGACAGGAGGGAGGACAGAGAAUCGAGGGAUUCCAGGGACAGGAAAAACGACAGAGAAUCUAGGGAUCCCAGGGAUUGGAGGGAGGACAGAGAACUGAGAAAUCCCAGAGACAGGAGGGAGAACAGAGAAUCAAGGGACCCGAGGGACAGGAAAAAUGAUAAAGAACCAAGGGAUCCCAGGGACUGGAGGGAGGAGAGAGAAUCAAAGGAUCCAAGGGAUGGGAAGGAUGAUAGAGAAUCAAGGGAUCUCAGGGACAGGAGAGAGGACAGAGAAUCGAGGGAUCCCAGGGACAGGUGGGAGAACAGAGACAGGGAUCUCAGGGAUAGGAGGGAGGACAGAGAAUUGAGGGAUCACAGGGACAGGAGAGAGGAAAAAGAACUAAGGGAUGGAGGAGACGAAAGAGAACCAAGAGAGGAGCGAGAGCAGAGAAACAAGAAAAAUGAAAGACCUGGCCAUGCAUAUGUAGACCAAGACCAAAAAGUUCAUCUGAAGGAACAAGGUGAUGAGCCAAGACGGACAGGAAGACCCUACUCGGAGGUGGAGGUGAGGCCCAUCCUGCCAAAGGCUGUCUCAGAGGAUGGACGACGAACUCGCCCCCUCUCAGAAGCAGACGACAAAACUUCCUUCUCCUUUCACCUUCCUCCCGGGGAGAGCAGGGUGAACUCAGAGUCCCACAGCAGUCGCCAGGGCACGGAUGUCAAGGUGCUUCGGGACACGCAGAAGGAACCCCCACCCAAACAGCCACUUAUGCCCCCGAAGCGACUGGUGAACAAGUCUGAGGCUGCAGGCGAGGCACCAACUAGGCCCUCGGUUAGCAACAUAGCACCACCUUCUUCAGAGGCUUUCUCUAACAGAGGUGCCAAGGCCAGUGCUUCCAGCCCUCCGCACCAUGACAACGGGCCCCUUCCUUCCUCCAAUGGCAGCAUCCCUUCGGCACACACUAAUGCAGUGAGCACUUCUGCUAGCAGUAACCCCACUCCAGUCCAAGAGGAAACGCUCCCGUCAUCGCUUGGCGACACACAGGUGCCCUCCUCCCCAAGCUCUGCCCCCCAGCCAGCUAAGCAGCCUCCUGUUCCUCCACCCAAGCCCACCAACCGGAACAGCAGUGCACUUCUGCUGGCUGAGUUGUCCCAGGGGGACCCUGGACUCAGUCCCAGGAGAGUCCCUGUCCCACCCAAGAGGACUACGCCAGUAGCCAGUCGAAACUCCCAGGAGGCCCCAGCAGCGUCCAACACUUCAACAGAAGUGGAGAAGAGUGGCUCCAUGGGUCGGCUCCCAGAUAACGCAUCCCUCCCUCCCAGCCACAUACCACCAUCCCCAAAACUGCCCCCCUCACCCAGCCCUGACCCUGACCCCGACCCCACCCAGCACCAUUCUUCCAAUUCCGUCUCAGCCCCCGGUCAACCUGCAGACCGUGUUCCAGUCGCUGUCCCACACAACAUACCUCACUGCCCCCCUGCUCCAGUCCCUACCCCCGUGCCAUGCCAGGUGACCGACCCCACUCCCGCUUCAGUCCCCAUAGUCGUUCCUCGGCCAAUACCCAACCCCACCCCCGUCUACGUUACUGCGGCAACCUCUGAUCCUGCCCCGGCCCGGAUUCCCCAACCGAUCCCCAAGUCUGUCCCCGUGACCCAGGUGGACCCCCCGAGUCCCACCACAGAGCCGCCCAGUGAGCCUCCCAUCCCCCUGCACAUCUUGAUCCAGCAAGCAUUGGCCAGCUCCGGACCGCCAGAGCCCAACCCGGACAGAAGCAGGAGGGCGUACUCGCUGCUCUUCGAGAUGCCACCCGAGUUGCCUGCUGUCCCAGUGGGCCAUGUGUCCUCCCUGCCCAUCACCAUUGAGCCCAUUCGCCUGCCUGAAGAUGAUGACUUUGACGAGGAAGAGGAGGAGCUACCAUCCCAGCCGCAGCUAGGACCUCGAAGUCGAAUAGGGCUGGUGGGAGACCCCCGUUUCGCCAUGAUCCCCGAGGGACCUCCGGACAGUGAGGACGAGAGCGAGGACGAAGAAGUGGUCUACAGGGAGGACGAGAGCGAGGACGAAGAUGAAGACGACAGUGUGAACAAUGCCCUAGCCAACAAGGUGAAGCGGAAAGACACCAUGGCCUUGAAACUGGGUGAUCGGUCAUCUGCCCUCGGGGCAGGGUCCCAGGAGCCAUCCUGGAGCAGUAAGGAGCAGUGGGAGGCUGUCCGCAUACAGAUCGGCACCGCACUUACACGGAGGCUGAGUCAGCGGCCCACAGCACAAGAGCUUGAGCAGAGGAACAUUCUUCAUCCCAAAACCGAGGAGACGCGGAGGGCUGAGAGGAGCGAGAUCAAACGGAGGCUCACCAGGAAGCUCAGCCAGAGGCCCACAGUGGCAGAGCUCCAGGCCAGGAAGAUCCUGCGCUUCAACGAGUACGUCGAGUGCACAAGUGCCGAGGACUACGACCGGCGAGCAGACAAACCCUGGACGAAGCUCACGCCUGCCGAUAAGGCUGCCAUACGGAAGGAGCUGAACGACUUCAAGAGCCUCGAGAUGGAGGUACAUGAGGACAGCAAGAUCUAUACCAGAUUUCAUCGGCCUUAGAGCUCCCGGGUAACCCGGGGCCGUGAGGACAAGUGGACCAGUGAAAAGCGCACUCGCUUAGCAUAGUGACAAAACCAAGCGCGGCUGCCCCCUGCUGCAGCGACGGGGGUGAGGACAUCACAGCAGGUGUGUGUCGCCUAAGUGAGAUGUGGGGGCGUCGCUCUGCAUCGGUCUCCAUCUGCCCCUCAGGACAACUCUGGAUUCUCCUUCGCCUCUGAUUGGGGUCAGUCCGCAUGUCUUCGACAAAGAUUUAAAAACAAAAACAAAAAAAAAAAAAUACCCAGCAUCAUGAGCCUGCCUGUGAGGAACAUUAACAACAGGUCCAGGAGUGCAGCUCUGUGGGACGGGAUAUGCAGGGGGAGCUGGACCACUGAUUAGUCACACGCUGUCUUUUUGCAAGAUGUGAGCACAAAAGAGGGCGGUGGAAAUAUUACCAUUUCCUGGCAGGAAUUCUCCUCCUCUGACUGGCCAGUCACUUAGUGGAGCUGUUUUCUCUCAUGCUUCUGAUUGGCUGUGGCCAGUGAGUGACCUGUUUGGACCCCCCCUCUCUGUCAAGACCUGAGAACUUUACAUACAAAGUGCUUUUUGCUGUCUUUUUCAUUGUUGAUUUUCACAGGAGAAGAGGAUUAUUUUUCUAAGGAGCACCUGAGUAAGACUGCAAUAUAUUUUACUGCUGAAGAAGGGCAACUUUUAACACCAGAAUGUAAAAUACUAAUAGCAAAAUGAAAAUGAUCAGACAUUCAGGGUCAAACAUCCCAAUUCAGGCACAGAAAACGGCGGGAGAGAAUCUUCAGCUGUGUAGAUCGUACCAUACUUUACACUGUGUCCUUUGUACGUCGAUAUAUCUUGCAUAAUAAACACACACAUAAUUGUAUGUAUAUACAUUAAAGAUGAGGAUAUUGUAGUGUUUUUAAUUAAAACAUUUGUCUGAGCUGUCACUUGUCACUGUACAUCGCUACACUAUCACUUUUUGGGAAGUGAAAUGUUAAACAUCUUAACUAUUCACAACCAGCACUUUUGGUUCAUAUUAAAGAGUUUAUGAAACUUGUUUUACCAACUUCUCUCGUAUUCCUCCCUCCCGCAUAUAAACACGUUAUGCUAGUUUUACUUGUCACGAACACAUCGGCAGAACAAGGUGAACGAACGUUAUGUCACACAGCAGCUGCUGGACGGAACUGGAAGCAAAACAGUUCACUCCGCUAUGAAGCGAGAGCUCGCAAAGAAACGGCACAAAAGUACAAUGUUAUUCAUAGAUGCCGUAAGCAAAAUUUAAAUAAUACAUAUUGAAGUACCGCUUAUUAUUAAUCUGUCUUUUUUGUCUAUAUUUUCUAUGCAUGUCCCUUUGUGAAAUUUCCAGUUUGCUAGGCUGUAAAUGUUUUAAAACAACAAGCAAGUAUAAAAUCUUAAAUUACUAAAUUUCUAAAGUACAAGAAGUUAAACAAUUGUACUGUUAUGACAAGAAGUUUGUUGUUCUGACUUCCGCACGUAGAUGAACAAAACCACGAUGCAGAGUGGUCAUCUUGUCAGCGCUUUCUUGAAAGAUCUUGCAACUUCACAUUAUUUGAAGUGUUUCUCCAAAGUAACUUAAGCAGUGCUUUACCCAGGUACAAUCUGAACACACACACGUACACGCAGGU